CAGGAGGACCAGGACCAGCCGCGGCAGCAGGAGCAGCAGCAGCGGUGCGCGCUGCAGUCAGUGUGGAGCGGGAGCGGGAGCAAGAGCGGGAGCGCGGCGGAGUCCUUGCUGUGCAGCUGCCGUCCCCGAGCUUCGUUCCCAACGCACCGGACCCCACCGCCCGGGCCCCGCCAUGGCUGACCAGCUGACCGAGGAACAGAUCGCAGAGUUCAAGGAGGCCUUCUCGCUGUUUGACAAGGACGGGGAUGGCACCAUCACCACCAAAGAGUUGGGCACCGUCAUGCGGUCGCUGGGGCAGAACCCCACCGAGGCAGAGCUGCAGGACAUGAUCAACGAGGUGGACGCUGACGGCAACGGCACCAUCGACUUCCCCGAAUUCCUGACCAUGAUGGCGAGGAAGAUGAAGGACACGGACAGCGAGGAGGAGAUCAGGGAAGCCUUCCGUGUCUUCGACAAGGACGGGAACGGUUACAUCAGUGCAGCCGAGCUGCGCCACGUCAUGACCAACUUGGGCGAGAAGCUGACAGACGAAGAGGUGGACGAGAUGAUCCGAGAGGCCGACAUCGACGGGGACGGACAAGUCAACUACGAAGAGUUCGUACAGAUGAUGACCGCAAAGUGAGGAGCAGCAGGGCAGCUGGUGAUGUCUGUUCUCCUUUGAUCUCUCUCCCCCCCGUGCUCGCUCCCCGACUCCUACCCACAAACACCAAUUGACUUAGACUGACAAAGCA